GUUCUCAACAGCCGAAGUAAGAAUCAUGUCUGGACGAGGAAAAACCGGAGGAAAGGCCAGAGCGAAGGCAAAGACCCGCUCCUCCCGUGCCGGGCUCCAGUUCCCUGUCGGCCGUGUCCACAGACAUCUGAGGAAGGGUAACUAUGCCCAUCGUGUCGGAGCCGGAGCCCCCGUCUACCUGGCGGCUGUGCUGGAGUACCUGACCGCUGAGAUCCUGGAGCUGGCUGGAAACGCUGCCCGCGACAACAAGAAGACCCGUAUCAUCCCCCGUCACCUGCAGCUGGCUGUCCGCAACGACGAGGAGCUCAACAAGCUGCUGGGAGGAGUGACCAUCGCUCAGGGCGGCGUGCUGCCCAACAUCCAGGCUGUCCUGCUGCCCAAGAAGACCGAGAAGCCCGCCAAGAAGUAAAGACUUAGAAGCAACUAUCCCACAAACAAAAAGGCUCUUUUAAGAGCCACACACUCCUCCAACUAAAGCGACAUUGUUCCUUUAAAUUAAAUCGUUACUGCAUGUGGAAUAAUAAUUAUAUGAUCGAUAAACCUUGUGUAUACAUUUACAUUCUAAACAUUUGCUGAAUGACGUCGAUAUAAUUUCCCUAACAUUACAAACUACAUGAAUCUGUUUGUAAAUAUCAAAGUGUAUGCUUCAUAACUUCACUGCAAACACAAUCGAUCUUUGGUGAUUUGUAUUUGCAGUCUUCUAUUGAAUUCAGUGUAUGACUGUUUGAUUUAUAAAGACUUCCUCAAUAA